UGUGGGUCGAAAAUUUCCAUCUCGACUCUCGAAUCCCCUCGAUUGUAAAUUCGACAGAAAGUCCGCAGCUUCAAUUUACAUUUGUCUGCCCUGAGGAGAUCCUCGUACUUUGUCCCGUGUGACUAGAUAGAACUCAGGCUAGCUGCCGGAAAAUCAUCACCGUAACAUCAUUAGUUGUUGCAUCUUGCUCCAGACGCAGCGAGGACAUGGUAUAGCAAGAUAUUCCUUCUCCUUCUCACACACCCAGCAGCCAAGAGUCGCCAAAACGAUUCUUGACUACAAAAAGUCGCAGACUUGAGCUGGUUUUCUAAAACCAACUUUCCAUUUGCACAUCAGAAGCAAUGGAAGACCCUUUAAAGGACGUCUAUGAGCGGCGACAGAAGCUCACUGACGCCCUAGAGUCUAGCCCUUAUGAUCUCAUAGUGUACCUCCAGCGAGCGCUAGUCCACCUUGAUCUGGGCUAUCCAGACCUGGCAAGUGGUGAUGCUUACAGGACAUUGCUCCUCACUGACGAGGUCGCAAAUGAUGGGUUCGAAUAUCACGAAUCAGCCCUUGAAUGCCUCUCCCAAUACCAGGGAAGGCCACUGAAUCAACUGCUGCACGAAACGAGCACAUCGGAUACUACAGCCAAAGGAGACGAAUCCAAGUUGUUGGCUGAAGUCUCGAUAAAGUGUUUUCAAAUACUCUCGUCCAGCCUACUGCGUUGCGGCUGUCUAAAAAGUGCAUACAACUUCUGCCAACGAGGCCUAGCCGCCAAGGAGGACGACGAACAGCUGAUCGCGAUUCUCGAGCGCAUCAACGCAGCUGCUCGCCAGAGGCUGGGACGGGAUACGGUCAGCGUGGAGGACAUGCCAGACGCCGGCCUGGCCCGCAGAGAGGUGUAUGCAUGGAACAAGCACGAGCCCGACAGGUUUUCCCAGGAGUCACUCGACUACCUGAACGGGCAGCUGGCGGCCAUGGCGCCCAAGUGCGUCGUCAAAGCGUCGGAGCUUCCAGUGCUGGCGUCCGGCGUGGCGGAGCAGGGUACAUGCAAGCAGCUUGGUGUCUUCGCCGCUGCCGACAUUGGGCCCGGCGAGGUCGUACUGCGGGAGUUUUCGGCACUCACGGCCAACAACCGGCUGCAGGAGCCCGUGUGUGACGCCUGCGGGGAGGAGCUCCCCUCUCUGGACUCGGCGUCGGGUGAAGAGGGAACUCAACAGGCCGUCAACUGUGAGGAGUGUUACGACACGGUCUUUUGCAGUCAGGAAUGCCAUGACCAGGCUAUGGAGCUUUACCACCCGGCAGUCUGCGACAAAGGCGUAGACUCGAUCGCAAAAGACCCCGAUGCCGCCGACAUUGAUUCCUCGCUAUACCUUCUUCUCCUCGCUCGCCUCAUAGCCAUGGCAGAACACCAAGACAUCCACCCACUCGACGUCAGGGAGGUCAAGUAUAUCUGGGGUGACUUUGUUCCCCGCGGCAGCAGCAACGGCGGCGACGGAAUCGAUGCCCAGUCAGCGGCCGGGACGCUCCCGUUCUCCUUCAGGUUCAACAUCGAGACCCCGCUACACGUCCUCGAGACGAUGGACGUCGACAUUUAUCGCACGCUUGCCCGGCAUGACACUUGGGUUAUGAAUACGCUUUACGCAAAGUUCCGCGGCACAGCCUCGGCGAGAAAGAGUACGCGCGACGGCCGCCCCGACGUUGCGGCGGUUCAUCCCUUUUGGUGCCUUGCGAACCAUGACUGCGACCCGAACGUCACAUGGGAAUGGAGCGGCAGGAUGGUGCUGCGGGCCAAGGAGGAACGCGUAGAAUGGGGAGGAGACCGCCGCGCCGCAGGAAUCAAGGCCGGGGACGAGAUACUCAACCAUUACUGCGACGUCAACCUCAGCGUCCGGCAGCGCCGAGAGUGGGCAGAGGGGAGUCUUGGGGGCUGGUGCAUGUGCCAGAGGUGCCGGUACGAGGCGGCAGCUGCCGAGAAGGGCGAAUGAGGCAGUUGAAGAAACCUCCUGUGAUGGUUCCCCCGGAAUCCCACACGGCAAAUCUCGACCUGGCGAAGUAUUGUCUUUGUUUUGACAGUGUUUUUCUACGAUACCGACACACUAGGCGGAACAAAGGUCGUCAAAUCCUAGACAAAAAAAAAAAAAAAAAAGAGCUGUCCAAUACGCCAAGACGAUCACAGUAGGCCCGCCCUGUUGGUCGACCCGAAAACUCCAUUUCCCCCAAGCGCCAAGGCUUGACUUUGUAUUGCUUACUCUGGGUACUGUUCGGUGCGGCUCCAGGUUCGAUUUCCAAGAUGAUUUCGAGCCGUGGCGCCAAGAGCCUCUCACCUGGCUCGUGGAUGGGGGGCAGAGGUAUUGGACGAGGAAUGAAGAUCACGGCAAGGACGGCGAAGGGAGCCGUGCCUUCGCCAAGAAAUCUUGUGCCCAGACAGAGAGAAAUCAGUUGGGGGACGGUGGGAGCAACGGUGCGUCUACAUCCCACGAGGUACGUAAAGAAGGCGUCUGCACAAGCAUCUUUUGUUUGACCAACGGUCUUGGGGGCUCUUGGCAGCGCCAGAUAGUACAGUCAGGGUGGGCUUGGCGUUCGUCUAGGAAACCCAAAGGGGCUAACCAUCUGCCGAAUGAUAUGGCUUGGGGCUGGGCGGGUGACGGCAUGUCACAUCGCCAGCAUGUACUUUGUAAGCAGGACAAGGCAAUGAGACAGAGGGAGAAAAAAAAAACAAGCAGGACAGCACACACAGCAGUGGGCUCAUCUAGAAUUCGGUUCGUUUUCUUUUUCUGGAUGGCAUCACAUCACCGCUUCUCCACGAGGGGGUGUGGCUUGAGAGGGGGGGCAAUUUGGGCUUUUCUCCCGGCUCUCUCGGCAAGAGCUUGUUCUGUCAGGCGCGUGUGAAGUCUUGGAAAACUCGGGGGGGUGCACCGCGGGAGAGGAACAGAACAGGCAUGGCCCCGCUGGGCUUGGUACUUUUUUCUGGGAUUUUCUUGUCCUCUCCACCGGAUGACGGGAGAAAAAAAAAAUAAACGACAGGAAGACAAGACAAGACGAAGUAAAGAAACAACAGGGGACGUCAGGAAGUCCCGACAGUGUGCAUAGAGGCUGUGGUUUGUCGGGGGUGUACCCAUGCAAAGCUGUAUUUGAACUCCUCGAUUGACUCGAUAAUUUUACUUCGUGAUAAAUUGGAACUCCAAUUUUAAAGCUUCAA